AUGUCAGCUACCUCCAGUAUGCCCACGCCGAUCCAGUUCGCGGUCAUAGCAAGUUCCACAGCUCCCGGAGACCAUCAAAUAGACUGGGGCAGUCAAGCGAAUGGAGGUCGAGACCUGGCAACGCAGCUCGUUAUCAGUGGGAUUUUGGGUUUGAGUGCAUUUUUCUCGUUUUGUCUUCUCCGGCCAAAAUGGACAGAGCUGUAUGCCGCACGGAGAAAACGACGGAAUGCGGCCUCCUUCCUACCCGAACUGCCAGAUAGCUUUUUCGGUUGGAUACCCGUGAUAUACAGGAUAACGGAUGAGGAGGUGCUAGAAUCUGCCGGAUUGGAUGCUUAUGUUUUACUUUCGUUCUUCAAGUUCGCUACCAAAUUUCUCUCGGCUACCUUCGCAUUCGCUACGCUUAUAAUUAUGCCAUUACAUCUAAAAUAUGCCGGUCAAUGGGGUGUUCCAGGCUGGGACCAUGAUGACGAUGACAAUGACGACGACGGACAAUCACUCUUCGCGAGGGACAUAUUGCUCGGAAACGGAAAUAAGAAAUUCAAAGGAGACCCGACUUAUCUAUGGAUCUACGUGAUAUUUCCCUACGUAUUUACCGGUAUCGCCAUAUAUCUGCUCAUUCAAGAAACCAACAAGAUUAUCCGGGUACGUCAGAAGUACCUUGGCAGUCAAACGUCGACUACCGAUCGCACAUUUCGACUGUCGGGCGUUCCAAAUGAAUUGCGCUCAGAAGAGAAGAUUCAAGAAAUUAUCGAAGAUCUCCAUAUUGGGAAAGUGGAAGCCGUCACGUUGUGUCGUCAGUGGCAUGAGCUGGAUCUGUUGAUGGAAGAACGGAAGAAGAUUCUGAAGCCGCUUGAACGAGCAUAUACGAGGCAUCUUGGCUACAAGCAAAAAAGGAGAUACAACGAUACAUUGCCAUUGAUCCGAGGUUCGCGCAAUCGCUCGCCCAGUGUGCAAUCCGAGGCUACGGAGCAUUCGCAGCUACUUGGAAGUGAUGAUGGGCGUGUUCCGGUUCGAACUGAAGACAAGAAACGACCAACUCAUCGAUUGUGGUACGGCUCAUUCAAAUUACGUUACAAGAAUGUGGACUCGAUUGAUUACUUCGAGGAGAAACUACGUCGUGUCGAUGAGAGAAUACUUGCCGCUCGCCAGAAAGACUACCCAGCCACUGAUCUCGCUUUUGUCACGAUGGAAACGAUUUCUGCAUGUCAGUUGGUCGUCCAGACAAUCAUUGACCCGCAUCCUACUCAGCUAGUACCUAGUCUUGCGCCCGCUCCUGCAGACGUGAUAUGGAAGAACACAUAUCUUGCGCGUUCGAGUCGGAUAUCCCGGUCCUGGCUCAUUACGGUUGUCAUUAGCUUCUUGACCAUUUUCUGGUCUGUUCUGCUAGUACCCAUUGCGUCUUUGUUGGAUCUGAACACGCUUCACAAGGCUAUUCCUGGUCUUGCUGAUUUGCUUGCGAGACAUCCGAUUAUUGACUCUCUUGUUCGAACUGGAUUGCCUACCAUUACAAUCUCUUUGUUGACUGUGGCGGUGCCUUAUCUUUACGCCUGGCUUUCAAGUCUUCAAGGCAUGACUUCUAGAGGCGACUUGGAACUGUCCGUCAUCUCGAAAAACUUCUUCUUCACCUUCUUCAACCUCUUCUUCCUCUUCACCGUGCUCGGAUCCGCAUCGAAUUUCUACGGUUUCUUCCAAAAUCUGCAGAAUGCAUUCAAAGACGCAGCGACUAUCGCAUCUGCCUUGGCAACGUCUUUGGAGAAUUUGUCUAAAUUCUACAUCAACCUGAUCAUCCUCCAAGGUCUAGGAUUGUUCCCCUUCCGACUGUUGGAGUUUGGAAGUGUCGCUUUAUACCCUAUUAAUGUCUUGUACGCCAAAACACCUCGCGAUUACGCCGAACUGUCCACGCCUCCGAAAUUCAGCUACGGAUUUACUAUCCCGCAAACAAUCUUCAUAUUCAUCAUUUGCGUCGUGUACAGUGUCUUUCCCAGCUCAUGGCUCAUCUGUCUCUGUGGAUUGAUAUACUUUUUUCUUGGACACUUUAUUUACAAAUACCAACUCUUAUACGCAAUGGACCACCAACAACACUCAACCGGCCGCGCCUGGCCAAUGAUCUGCAGUCGCGUGUUUUUGGGUUUGGUAGUUUUCCAAGUUGCAAUGAUCGGUGUUCUUGCUCUUCGCAAACUGAUCGCGCGAUCACUGUUACUCGUCCCUCUUUUGGGCGCAACAGUCUGGUUCACAUAUUUCUUCGCAUACACAUACGAGCCCCUGAUGAAAUUCAUUGCUCUGCGAAGCAUCGACCAAGACCGACCAGACCGCACCAACGGCAACAAUUCAGAUGACUCCGUGAGCCCACCGCCUCUCCUCUCGCCACUAUCAGGUUUGGACCGCGACGCUCUCCCCAUCCUCAUCGGUGGACGCGAGAUUGGUCUCAGGCUCAAGAAAUAUGUCAAUCCAAAUCUGACCAUUCCGCUCGACGGGGCGUGGGUGCCGCGUAGUGAUGGGUCGAUUGUGAUUAGACCCAGUGCGGUUGAAGAGGCGCACAUAGGUGAGGUUUAA